AGAUGACCCUCCUGUCGACCCAGCCCAAGUCCCUGGAGUCAGCCCCGGUCUCUGCAGUGGCGGCCAUCGAGGACCCCGAGCAGAGGAUGCUGGAGAAAAGGUCAAAGGUCAUAGAAGAGCUGCUGCAGACAGAGAAGGACUACAUCAAGGACCUGCAGAUGUGUGUCAAGGAGAUUAUCCAACCACUCCAACGCAAUCAGGUACACACACACACACACACACAGAGUAUGCACCCUAUCAUGUUGUUUACCAACUCAUAGAACUAGUAGAAGAAAACAACUGACUACUUUAAAAUGGAGAUGGCCUCAAUGGCGCUGCCCGUGUGCUCACAGUCGCCAUAAUGGGACUGAUACAACAUUGCGUUCUCUAUCAUUCUUUAUGGAUUUUACUGGUCAGCUUCGUAACAUAUUACACCCAAACUAAGACAUAUGACACUAUUAUAGACAUUAUAAGCUUCACAGAGUUUAUGUAUUGCACAUCUAACUUAGAAUUUAUAUACACGUACGCACGCACUAUUAGUUAACCAUAAGUCAUUAGAAAGUGUUUACCCACGUGCCCAGAGACAACAUAUAAAAAAACGAAUAAUUCUGGCACAUUUGCAGAGUUGUUGAUUCAUGUGCAUUGUCCAUGUUAUAAAAGUUCGGUAAAUAUUUCUGUACCUCUGCUCAUCCUAAAGGUGCAGAACAUUGACUUUGACGGUCUCUUUGGCAACAUCAACUCUGUGAUCGACCUCUCACGUCGUCUCUUCAAGACCCUCCAGGACACUGACUCCAUUGGUAAUGCCAACCCUAGACUGUUUUUAUUAGCAAACAUCAUGACUCAAUUAUUAGAAUAACUUGAAAGAUUCGCCUCCCACGUAGUCUGGCUGAUACCCAACUCAAAGUCCUCCUGGAGAGGCUGUUUAGGCACGAUGCGUCGAUAAUAAAGGGGUAUUUGCUUUUACUGGUUGGUUCUCUUCUGUGUCUUUCUUACUCAAACACCCGCAUGUACAGCCACACACAGCCCCCCGAGCGCUGCCCCCUUCCAUUACAACUGUUGUAUUUUCAAAUCCAAACAAUGAGGUCUCAACCCCCCCAGGGAAAAAUAACAUUUGAGAGAACCAAUCGAAAAUCUCUCAAUUUCUAGGCGAAAAUUGCAUCAACAAAUGUGGGUCACAGUGGGUCACAGCUCUCCCUCGCUGUGUACCACGUGGGUCGCGUCAGCCAGGCUUCCUCCCACUAUGGCCAUCACACACUUGACUUUGGGAGGUGCCGUUUGGUGGGACAUGGUAGACUUAAAGAAAUAAUCCAGCUAUGUUAAUAAAAGUCCCAAACAAGAGUUUCCUUCUUAAGGUUUUUACAUGACUUUCUUUAAAGGUAAGUUCAUAUUUUUUCAACCAAAUAUCUAUUUUUGAUGUAAAUGGCAUGUUAUAGAAGGGUCCAGACAUGUUUUGGCCGAUUUCACAAUGGAAUAUACUGCAGUGCAGUAUAUUCCAUUGUGUUGGACUCUUGUGAUACUUCUCUGUGUAGCCAGCACAUGCAUACACGGUAAAGUAUCGCUCGAAUCCAACACAAUGGAAUAUAACAUUGCGGGAAAAGUUUAGAAUUACACAAUUUAAUGUGCAAAAAAAUAUAAAGACCUGCAUCACUAUACUGAGAGCGUUGCCAUUUCUAAAAUGACGUAUUUGGGUGUUUUUGGAGCUUUUGUACAUGUUUUAUCCGUGCCCUGGUACUGCAGAAUGAGCAUGGGGAUGUCUAUCACUGGUUUGGGUAAGUUUCUCAAAACCAAGUGAAAUCGCCCAAAACGUGUCUGGACUCUUCUAUAACAUGCCAUUUACAUCAAAAAUAGAGAUUUGGUUGAAGAAAUAUGAACUAUACCUUUAAAGAAUUGAGAAAUGAGGAACAAUAGAAUGACAGAGUGGUAUUGCUCCGUUGCGUUUCCCAGGAAAGGUGUUCCUGGACUUUAAGGCAGAGCUCGAGGAGGUGUACAAGAUCUACUGUCAGAACCACGAUGACGCCAUCUCUCUCCUGGAAAUGUAUGAGAAGGACGAGAGCAUCCAGAGACACGUGCUGGAGUGCCUGGAGAAACUC